GCGCCCGCGGACGUCACUGCCGCGCGCAGCGACGCUCCCUGCAGUCACUGCACCGGCACCCUGCUACUCUCCAUCCCAUCCCGCAGCCCGGAGGCAUCACCUCGCCUUCGUUCCCCGGGAUCUAGGGCGGACCGAGUUGUAAGCCAUGACGUCUCCUCUCUCCUCCCUGGGAAAGCAUCGCAGAGUCCCGCUGCAGCUCCAGAGUCCGGGGAAAAAACCUGAGCCAGCUAAACAGAGUGCCUGCAGUGAGGAUGAAGCCGCAUUGCUGAAUGACAUCCUGCCUCCUAGGACAAAUGAUGCCUUGUCAAGUGAAUCCCCUUCCUGUUCAAAGGGAAGAGCAAAAGCAAGCAAACAUGGGGAAGCUCCUACUGACAUGGAACUCAUGUCCACCAUGAUGCAGAAAAUUAUUAAGUUGGAACAAAAAGUUAGGAGCCAAGCCCAAGAACUCCAGCUGAAGGACAGGAAGAUUGCUGAUCUCCAGGGGAAGGUGAAGGUCCUUCAAAAAGGGAAAGAGGACUCCCCUGAGCCAAGCCAAGUGGAGAAGCUGGAGGUGAUGUGCCUUCAGCUGCAGCGUCAAGUCUGGGAAAUGGAGCGAUUUUUGAAUGACUAUGGAUUGAUCUGGGUUGGAGAGAAGAAUGCGGAGCUGGAAGAUUUGGAAUCAUCAGGGAAGGAGGCCAGUUGGCCAUCGAGGGUUUUCUGGAAGCCAGGCGACUCGACUGCCCCAAAACCCCCGAUUGAUUUUGAUCUCAUUUUGGAAAACCUGAAGGAUUUAAAUGUGCUGGCAGGGGAGGGCGUGUCUCAGAUCCAGCACACGGCGGGAGGCGCCAGACUGAGGGAGCCUGAAUCGGUGUCUCUCACUCUCUAUAAGAACGGGAUAGUGAUGUUCAGUGGACCCUUCCGGUCAUACGAGGAGCCAUCCACACAGCAAUGCCUGCGGGAUAUCCUGGAUGGCUACUUCCCCUCCGAGUUACAGGCACGCUACCCGGCUGGCGUGCCAUUCCAGGUCACCGACAAGAGAGACAUUUUCUUCCGGGAUAGGCAGCUUCCAGAGAGCUUCCCUGGCCAGGGCCAGAGAGUUGGGCAUGCAAAGCCAAGUGAAGCCCAGGAGACCAGUGAGAUCCCAGGUCCCAAGCUCUCGCUGGAGCAGUUCCUGAACAAGCUUCCCAGGUCCGUGAUCCGGGAUGGACACGUGAUUGAUGUGCGAGGGUCCAUCAAAGCAACGCUGCAGGGGUCUGAGGGGUCAUGUGCCAGCGACGUGAUCCUGGUGGAAACGCCUGCUCUCACAGCAGCGAAGGAGAGGCUGAAGGCAGGGGACCCGGACCAGCCUCCUGCGUCCAGCAUCUGUACGCUGCGGGUCAGGUCGGAGAGCGGGGAGCAGUCGUACCUUGUGAAGAUGCUGUUCAUGGAGACCAUCGGAGAUCUGCGCCGGCACCUCGCUCAGAGCCGGCACGGCAGCUCCAGCUCAUACGAGAUCGUCAGCACCUUUCCCCCACGUGUGUACGCAGAUGACGCCCUCACCCUGCAGCAGUGCGGCCUCACCCCUGCCGCCUCGCUCCUGCUGCGGGAAAGCAGCCCAGGUGGCCAGGCAAGACAGGGCUGCAGCUAGGCGAGCCCAACCAGGCUGCACUGCCAGGCGCUGUGCUGUCCUCCCCACCCCGCUCCCUUCUCCAGCCGGGCUCAGCUGGCUUUGGCAAGAGGAAGGAGCAGCCUUGUACCACGGGCUAAGUGGCUGCCUCUCCCUGCACAGGUGGGAAGGCUGGGCUGUGUCCUACCUUGGGUUCACUGCUGAGCUACUUCCUGGAAGGGAGGCUGGGUUGUGGAGAGGGACCUCCAGGGGCACAGCCCUGCUGAGAGACCUGGGACAAACCCACGCACUGCCAGCCUAAGAAGCUCACCCUUUGGUACACGAGCGCCUGUCCCAGCCAGCCCGGUACCCGGUGGGAUUCAGAACCGCGUGUCGUCCAGGUACAGCUCUGGUUCCUCGUCACCUCUGCUGCGGGUCACAUGAGCUGUUCACCUUCAGACGAUGCCAUGGCACGGACCCCUGCCUGCGUCAGGGCCCUGCUGGGCCCAUCCUGCAGCCCUCUCAGUGGCAAACAUUUGCCUAGCGAGCAGGAGUGAAAUGCUGCAAGGCCAGCCUGUCUCCCACCCUGCUCAGACCAGUGCCCGAAAUGCUUUGUUCUGGGGUCAGCAGAGUUAAAGCCGGACUGAGCCAAAGCAAGCCAGUGCUGAGCCAAGCCCAGCCCCCUCCAGCAAGAAGGGCCCAGAGCUGUUUCCUGUACACGAGCCCUUCCUUCCUAUAUGGGGCCUAUUAAAGUCACCUCAGUUACCAGGCUGCAGGGCUGAGCCAGGUGCUCACAGCCCUGAGCACUAUCCCCAGCCUCAGGAACCUGGUGACCCAAAACCCUUUCAAUGCAGGCCUGAGCCAGAGCGACGAGCCAGUCCC